AUGGACUCGGUGGGGAAGGAAGAUGCCGAGCGGUCGCCGUCAGUGCACGCCGGCUCCGGCUCCUCCUCGAACUCCAGCGACAGCGAGUCGAUGAACGGCGCGGCGAGCAUCAAGCUGUCGGCGCUCUCGCGGGAGCCGCUGUCGAUGGGCUCCUCGCCAACGCUCGUUGUCCCGGAAGAAUCCCUCACUGGCAUGCCAAACGUCACGUUUAUGCCUAUCAUUGACACCGGUUCUGUGAGGCUGCGGGCCGGCGACAGUGCGGAACUCAGUUCUGAUGCAGCAGACCGUAGCACCACGACGAACAGCAGCCACUCUCCAGCUGCUGUGAACCCACUGCGUUCGAUGAACCCUGCCUUCUCCCUUAGUCCCCGCACAGCGAGCAGUAGUGGUUUCAUGCAUCUGUCCUCCAUCAUGCCGAGUGUGACAAUCCACACGGAUAAGGAAAAGCCACCAGCCUCGUACAGCUUCGCCGUGGGAACCGUAGAGGGGCGCCGCAACUUUAUCACGGAUUGUCUGCGUCUGGCAGAAUACAUGAGCCCACAGAUGAUCGUGGAAGAACUCCUUCCCUCCAUGCUGAUGGUUGUGAUUUAUGAUGACUCUGUCUGCGCCAUCGCCCGUGUGUUGCCAGGGGUGGUGAAGCAGGUGCAUGGACUGAAUGAGGAUAUCUUUAUGUACUUUAUGGGGCUUAUCAUGCACAUGUGCUGCGCGGCCGAUCAUGAGGUGGUGCGGCAGAUCUCCACCUCCUUGGAAGAGAUCAUGCUAUACGUGAGUGAUAGCAUUGCUGAGUCUCUAUUGCUCCCUCUCAUGAUGUCGAUGCGGGUUUCGUUUUGGAGCUCACCGAGGGCUGUGUCAGCCGCGCUGAUGGGCACUUUUGCUGCCCGUCCAUGUCUUGUGAAGGCGAGCGGUAUGACGGUGAUGGAGUGGUUUAACUGCUUUAUUGAGCUGGCAAGGGACAAGUGCCACUUUGUCCGGGAGAUCGCAGCAAGUUCCUUGCAUCAGUGGGUACCUGCAGCCGAGGUGCAUAGGGUGAAUCUCGCCGAGAUGCCGCUUCCACUGGUGCAUGAGUGCAUGAUGGAUGAGCAAAGCGACGCGGUACGCUACAUGCACGUCGCUGAGCUCGUUCGCCUAGCAGGUGGAAUUGGGAAAGAGGCGACAACAAAGUACCUGCAGCUACCCUUCAUCGCUUCGAGCAAGGAUUUGAGUUGGCGUGUCCGAUAUACCACCGCAAAGAACCUUGGUGCCUUUGCCCGUCUUUGCGUGUGGCCGGACGAUUUGUUAGACGUAUUCAUCGCGCUCUGCAACGAUGAAAACAAAGACAUACGCGCCGUUGUGGUUGAGCAACUCAGCACGCUCGUCUCAAAAGUGGUGUCUCAGGAGGUGUUAAGAAAAAUGUGUGCCGUCGCCACCUCUCUCGCAAAGGAUGAGGAACCCGCUGUCCGGGAAAGUGUUGCAAACUUCCUUCACGUGCUUCUUUCGCCUGACGUCGUCGAGGUAUACACACACGAGCAACGACAGGCCCUCUUUGCGCUGUUGGCCGACAACGACUACGUCGUGGGGCGAAGCGCCGCACGUAGUCUGGAGCAAGUUGUGCUUGGCCUUGCCGAGUACAUGUGCCCAGGAAAGGGAAACAGAAGCUGUGGCACUACUACAGGUGGGAAAGCUGGUAGUAAGGCACGGCGUAGUGGGAGACAUGGGUCGGGCCGUUCGCAGUCGGAUUACGGAAACAACAACACGUCGCCUCAAGUAACGACGUCAACCACACCCAGCACAACAGCAGCGAUAUCGAGUGUGGAGGAUGACGAAUGCAAGAAACGUGCUGCUGAGAUAAUCUCCGGGCUUAUUGACCACCUGCACAUUGUCAGUGACUCAAAGAACUGGCGCAUCCGUGAGGCAGUGGUGGGGGCCCUUCGCUACUUUUGUGCCGCUCUCACGGAAGAGGAGUUCAUCCCACUAACGUACAUUAUCCGCUCUCUAUUGCGGGACCCUGUCAGCGUUGUGCGAGCUCGCGCUGUUGAGACGCUGUCUGAGGUUGCGACGUCGUACGGCCCGGAGUGGGCCGCCGUCAUGGCGUUUGAUCUUCUUCGCAGGGAGUUUGUCAUGGGUGGUGAGACUCCGUAUACGUGGCGUGUGGUGGCGAUUCAGUCUCUCUCUGGCAUUCUCCCUGUUGUAGAUGGUCUGUCUCCAAUGGACCUGCGCCGCUACGAGUUGAUGCAGCAAUGGAUGCGGGUCAUGAUGUCGCUUUCCGAAGACCCCGUGUCAAAUGUGCGUCUGGCGCUGGCGAAUUCUAUCGUUGCGCGGUGGGAAUGGUACAAGGGUUGCUGCAACCAUCGAGAUACCAUUCGUUGCUGCGUCGAGCGGCUGCAGCGCGACAGCGACGUGGACGUCUUGAAUGUGGCGGGGAAACUCGACACAUCGACAAUGGGCAGGGAAGGUGAGCCGUUCUAA